AUGACAGAUCCGGCUGCACCUGACAAGCAACCAGUCUUGGCAGUCGAGGCCAAGGGGGAGGAUGGUGGGAAAAGCUCAGAUGACGUGGAGACAGCCGUCUCUCAGCCAGAAGAAGACGUACAGCCUAGGUUUUCUGUAUUUACGUUAUGGCAGAAACGAGCGAUUGUGUUCUGCGCGGCUCUGACAGCCUUCUUCUCCCCAAUGACGGCUCAGAUAUACCUUCCUGCUUUGACUUCGAUCGCCGAGGAUCUACAAGUAUCAAGCGCCAAGGUGAACUUGACAAUCACGACGUACAUGAUCUUCCAGGGAGUUAUCCCCAUGUUUGUCGGUUCACUUGCUGAUGGAUGGGGUCGCCGGCCAGCCUACAUCAUCUGCUUCGUCAUCUACAUUGCCGCCAACAUCGGUUUAGCCCUUGCCCCCAGCUACGGCGCUGUCCUUGGCCUGCGCUGCCUCCAAUCUGCUGGGUCCAGCCCAACAGUAGCUCUAUGCUCUGCCGUAGUGGCUGACGUUGCCACAUCCGCCGAGCGAGGCUCCUACAUAGCUUUCACCGUCCUCCCGAUCGUCCUUGCCCCUUCGCUGGGGCCUAUUAUUGGAGGUCUGCUCACGCAAUAUCUGGGAUGGCGCUCCAUUUUCUGGUUCUGCACAAUACUUGCAGGAGUAACGCUUCUCCUGCUGGUGGCCUUCUUCCCCGAAACCUGCCGCACAAUUGUUGGAGAUGGAUCGAUACCAGCUCCUGUGACUCACAAGACACUAUUGCAGCUUUUCAAAAAGUCGAUGAGGAAGAGAACGGAGAAGAACGACGAAACCGAACCAGGGCCACUGCCAAAGGGACCGAAGAAACCAAAGCUGAAAUUGGAGAUGCCGAACUUCCUGGGCUCGCUCAUGAUGCUGACAGAGAAAGAGACUUGUCUAUUGGUUGUAUCAAGCGGCAUUUGUUUGGGUGGCUUCUACGGUAUCUCUGCCGCCCUCCCGACACAGCUCACGAAUGAUUAUGGCUUAGAUCAGACUAAAGUUGGCCUCAUGUUCCUCCCAAUCGCAGUCUCAUCCAUAAUCACGGGAGCUAUCGCUGGAAGGUUGAUGCAAUGGAGAUAUCGUUAUUACUGCGAUAAAACGGGUGUCCCCUUCGACCGCACUAGGCAAAUCGAUCUUUCAAACUUUCCGAUUGAGCGUGCCAGACUCGACAUCGGAACCCCUCUCCUCGUUGUAGCGGGUUUGGGCGUCAUCAGCUGGGGUUGGGCAAUACAGGCACGAGCUCACCUAGCUGUGCUCUGCUUCCUUAUGGUCGUCAUGGGUCUUGGGAUGGUGGGCUACAACAACACGUCCAACGCGCUGCUCGUGGACGUGCAGCCAGGACGGCCGGGUACGGUGACGGCGGCCGGCAACUUUGUGAGGUGCCUACUUGGAGCUGGAUUCAGUGCUGCUGUUAUACCCAUGAUUGACGCAAUAGGAGCUGGAUGGACCUUUACUAUCUUUGGAGUAUUGUAUCUUGUCUUUGCACCUUUUCUUUUCCUUGUAAGAGCUAGGGGAAUUAAAUGGAGGGCAGAGCUCAGGAUGAAGAUUGAGAAGAAAAAGGAGGCAGAAGAAGAAUCAUCUCCUUCUUCGUGA